AUGUUAAUGAAACCCAGGGAACAAGCUACACAUAAGGAUAACAAGAAAAUGAAACUCUUCGCAGUCGCACUCGCUGCGUGCUUUAUUGCAUGUGCCAUCGCCCAAUCAGCACCAGCUGAGCCCUCAGCCGAGUAUUUGCCACCAGUCGGUGAUGAAUCGGCACCACUUGCCGAUGAUGGGUACCGUUAUAAGGCAGUGCGCCGUCUGAAGUACCGUCAUCGUCGUGAGUUACCUUCAGAGGAAUAUUUACCGCCAGUAGCUGAACCAUCCUCCGAAUAUAUACCACCGGAGGGCGCUGAGACUCGUGUAGCUGAAGACGGUUAUAGAUACAAAACUGUGAGACGUUUCAAAGUACACCGUCAUCGCCGUGAAGCUCCUUCCGUUGAAUAUUUGCCACCAGUGGUCGAGCCCAGCGCUGAAUAUUUACCACCAGAGGGUGCUGAAACCCGUGUCGCUGACGAUGGUUACCGUUAUAAGACAGUACGUCGUUUGAGAUUCCGUGCUCGUCAUCGUCGUGAUGUCUCUGAAUUGCCAUCUGCUGAAUACUUACCUCCUGUAGAAGUUGAGUUGGCACCGGAGUUGAAGACCGUCUUAGGUGACGAGGGUUAUCGUUAUAAGACUGUGCGUCGUUUGAAGUACCGCCGUCAUCGUCGUGAAGCUGAGGCUGCUGAAGAAGUUGCCGCCGCUGAAAGCGUUGAUGCCCCCAAUGGUGAAUACUUGCCACCUAGUAAUGAUGUUGCUGAAGUACCAGAGGUGAAGAGUGCUGAAUUGGCUCAAGAUGGUUAUCGUUAUAAAACAAAACUCUUUGUGGUGACAUUCGCUGUGGGUCUGGCAUCGCUGGCCUUUGCUCAAUCUCUUCCUAUUGACAGUGUCGAGCCGUCCGCUGAGUAUUUGUCACCAGUCGGUGAAGAAUCGACGCCACUUGCCGAUGAUGGUUACCGUUAUAAGGCAGUGCGUCGUCUGAAGUACCGUCAUCGUCGUGAGGUACCUUCAGAGGAAUAUCUACCGCCAGUAGCUGAACCAUCCUCCGAAUAUAUCCCACCGGAGGGCGCUGAGACUCGUGUAGCUGAAGAUGGUUAUAGAUACAAAACUGUGAGACGUUUCAAAGUACACCGUCAUCGUCGUGAAGCGCCUUCCGUUGAAUAUUUGCCACCAGUUGUCGAGCCCAGCGCUGAAUAUUUACCACCAGAGGGUGCUGAAACUCGAGUCGCUGACGAUGGUUACCUUUACAAGACUGUACGUCGUUUGAGAUACCGUGCACGUCAUCGCCGUGAUGUCUCUGAAUUAACUUCCCUGCCAUCUGCUGAAUACUUACCUCCUGUAGAAGUUGAGUUGGCACCGGAGUUAAAGACUAUCUUAGGUGAUGAUGGUUAUCGUUAUAAGGCCGUGCGUCGCUUGAAGUACCGUCGUCAUCGUCGUGAGGCUGAGGCCGCUGAAGAAGUUGCGGCCGCUGAAAGCGUUGAUGCCCCAAAUGGUGAAUACUUACCCCCCAGUAAUGAUAUUGCUGAAGUGCCGGAGGUGAAAAGUACCGAGCUGGCUCAAGAUGGCUACCGUUAUAAAACUGUGCGUCGUUUAAAGUACCGUCGUAACCGUCGUGAAGUUGAAGCUGCAGAAGACAUUGCCGCUGCUAAAAGCUUUGAUGCCCCAAAUGGUGAAUACUUACCUCCCAGUAAUGAUAUUGCAGAAGUGCCAGCGGCGAAAAGUGCCGAGCUAGCUCAAGAUGGCUACCGUUAUAAGACUGUGCGUCGCAUCAGAUAUCGUUAUCGGCACUAAAUUUAUGCCUUAAGAUGCCAGAAGGCCUGAUUAGA